UAUGAUUGAUAAACAUGAAAGGAAUUUGUCUAUAGGAUCCUUCAAACCAAAAAUGUGGCGGAAGAAAGAAAACCGUGUCUUUCAGCAGCAUGCCAUCGGAGAAGAAAAUCAGCAGUGCGAGCGACUGCAUCAGCUUCAUGCAAGCUGGCUGCGAGCUGAAGAAAGUGCGGCCGAAUUCUCGCAUUUACAACCGGUUCUUCACUCUGGACACAGACCUCCAAGCUCUUCGCUGGGAACCUUCCAAGAAGGACCUGGAGAAAGCUAAGCUGGACAUUUCUGCCAUAAAAGAGAUCCGCCUGGGGAAGAACACGGAAACAUUUAGGAACAAUGGCCUUGCUGACCAGAUUUGUGAGGACUGUGCCUUUUCCAUUCUCCAUGGGGAAAACUACGAGUCUCUGGACCUAGUUGCUAACUCAGCAGACGUAGCGAACAUCUGGGUGUCAGGGUUACGGUACCUGGUUUCUCGAAGUAAGCAACCCCUUGAUUUCCUGGAGGGCAACCAGAACACACCAAGAUUCAUGUGGUUGAAAACAGUGUUUGAAGCGGCAGAUGUUGAUGGGAAUGGGAUUAUGUUGGAAGACACAGCUGUAGAGUUAAUAAAACAACUCAACCCUACCCUGAAGGAAUCCAAGAUCAGGUUAAAGUUUAAAGAGAUCCAGAAGAGCAAAGAAAAGCUAACCACCCGAGUGACAGAAGAGGAAUUUUGUGAAGCUUUUUGUGAACUUUGCACCCGGCCAGAAGUGUAUUUCUUGCUUGUACAGAUAUCUAAAAACAAAGAAUAUUUGGAUGCCAAUGAUCUGAUGCUCUUUUUGGAAGCCGAGCAAGGAGUCACCCACAUCACUGAGGAUAUGUGCUUAGACAUUAUAAGGAGAUAUGAACUUUCUGAAGAGGGACGUCAGAAAGGGUUUCUUGCAAUUGAUGGCUUUACCCAGUAUUUGUUGUCACCAGAAUGUGACAUUUUUGACCCUGAGCAAAAAAAAGUUGCCCAAGAUAUGACCCAGCCGUUAUCUCACUACUACAUCAACGCCUCUCACAACACCUAUCUCAUCGAAGACCAGUUCAGGGGGCCGGUUGAUAUUAAUGGGUAUGUGAGAGCCCUGAAAAUGGGCUGUCGAAGCAUUGAACUCGAUGUCAGCGAUGGUGCCGACAAUGAACCGGUCCUUUGCAAUCGAAAUAACAUGACAACACACCUUUCCUUUCGAAGCGUCAUAGAGGUGAUCAACAAGUUUGCCUUCGUCGCCUCCGAAUACCCGCUCAUUCUGUGCCUGGGCAAUCACUGCUCCCUCCCGCAGCAGAAGGUGAUGGCGCAACACAUGACAAAGGUCUUUGGCACCAAGCUCUAUACCGAAGCGCCUUCGCCGUCAGAAUCCUACCUCCCGUCCCCAGAAAAAUUGAAAAGGAUGAUCAUCGUGAAAGGAAAGAAGUUGCCCGCCGAUUCAGAUGUUUUAGAAGGAGAGGUGACAGAUGAGGAGGAGGAGGCCGAGAUGUCUCGAAGGAUGUCAGUAGAUUACAACGGGGAGCAGAAGCAAAUCUGGCUUUGCAGAGAGCUCUCCGAUUUGGUGUCUAUUUGCAAGUCCGUUCAGUCCAGGGAUUUCGAACUGUCUGUGAAAAGCCAGAACUACUGGGAAAUGUGCUCAUUUAGUGAAUCCGAGGCCAGCCGAAUUGCAAAUGAAUAUCCAGAGGAUUUUGUAAAUUACAAUAAGAAGGUCUUAUCAAGAAUCUAUCCAAGUGCCAUGAGGAUUGACUCCAGCAACUUGAACCCACAGGACUUUUGGAACUGUGGCUGUCAGAUCGUGGCCAUGAAUUUUCAGACUCCGGGUCCAAUGAUGGACCUCCACACAGGCUGGUUUCUUCAAAACGGGGGGUGCGGUUAUGUGCUGAGGCCGUCUAUCAUGCGGGACGAAGUCUCCUACUUCAGUGCAAACACCAAGGGCAUUGUACCUGGGGUGUCUCCUCUAGCUCUUCACAUCAAGAUCAUCAGUGGCCAGAAUUUCCCAAAGCCCAAGGGAGCUUGUGCCAAGGGGGAUGUCAUAGAUCCAUAUGUUUGUAUAGAGAUUCAUGGAAUACCGGCGGACUGCUCGGAGCAAAGAACUAAAACUGUUCAGCAAAACAGCGAUAAUCCUAUUUUUGAUGAAACCUUUGAGUUUCAAGUGAACCUGCCUGAGCUGGCCAUGAUCCGCUUUGUCGCUCUGGAUGACGACUACAUCGGGGAUGAGUUCAUAGGGCAGUAUACUAUACCGUUCGAGUGUCUGCAGCCCGGCUACCGGCACGUCCCCCUGCGCUCUUUUGUGGGUGACAUCAUGGAGCAUGUGACUCUGUUUGUCCACGUAGCCAUAACGAAUCGGAGCGGAGGAGGGAAGGCGCAGAAGCGCAGCCUUUCGGUGAGGAUGGGGAAGAAGGUCCGAGAGUAUACCAUGCUCAGGAAUAUCGGUCUUAAAACCAUCGAUGACAUCUUCAAAAUAGCAGUUCAUCCCUUGCGAGAAGCCAUAGACAUGAGAGAAAACAUGCAGAAUGCCAUAGUGUCUAUUAAGGAACUGUGUGGACUUCCUCCAAUUGCCAGUCUGAAGCAGUGCCUGUUGACUCUGUCCUCUCGCCUCAUCACCAGUGACAAUACUCCCUCAGUCUUUCUUGUGAUGAAAGACAACUUUCCUUAUCUGGAGCCUCUGGGGGCAAUUCCAGAUGUGCAGAAAAAGAUGUUGGCUGCUUAUGAUCUGAUGAUUCAAGAGAGCCGGUUUCUCAUAGAAAUGGCUGACACAGUCCAGGAAAAGAUUGUGCAGUGCCAGAAAGCAGGAAUGGAGUUCCAUGAGGAACUUCAUAAUCUGGGAGCAAAAGAAGGUUUAAAAGGAAGGAAACUCAACAAGGCAACUGAGAGCUUUGCAUGGAACAUUACAGUGCUGAAGGGCCAAGGCGACCUGUUGAAGAAUGCAAAGAAUGAAGCUGUCGAAAACAUGAAGCAGAUCCAGCUGGCCUGCUUGUCUUGCGGCCUCAGUAAGGCCCCCAGCGGCGGCGCCGAGGCCAAGGGCAAGCGCAGCCUGGAGGCCAUAGAGGAGAAGGAAAGUGCUGAGGAGAACGGGAAGCUGUGACCUGAGCAGUGGCCACGUGCUCGCCCGUCCUUUGUGUCAAAGACUGUUUUUUUCCUUCUGGUUUUCUUUCCUUAAGCUUUGUAGAUGUUCACAAAAAGAUGCCAUCUCUGGGAUGUUGGACAUAAACAGGUAUUUUCACAAUGUCAGUAUUUUAAUGUAGUUAAUUUAUCUAAGUUAAAAAUGUUUAGUAGCAGUGUUUUAAAUUCUGAGAUGUGUGUACAUACCCAUAUGUGGAUGUGGGUAGAAGUGUGUAUGUAUGUGUGUCUUUCAGAGAGAGACAGACAGAGACAGAGAGAGACAGAGGCAGAGAGAUGUUGAGAUGCUGUUAAAAUCUAUUCUGUGCUGAAUUACUCAUUUAGUAAGUUAUUAACGUAUCAUUUUAGGGAAAAUCUGUUAAUCUAAAAUUCUAAAGAGCACUCACUAGGACCUGUUGCUGUGUUUAAUUUUACUUCUCUACCCUUGUCAUUUAACUCAGAUAUGUUAACAUAACUUAUUAUUAAAGGAAGCCAAAUUUACCAAUGCCUAGAUGUUUUGAUAGAUUAAAUAUAGAUUAGCAAAAUUCCUAACAAUCACAGUAGAAAUAAGAGUGAAUGAAAGAUAAACAAAUGAUCAGGAUUUCUGAAAAGAUCAGAAAAGUCAUUUCUUCAGUUAGUGAGCUCUAAAAUAUUUAUUAAAUAAAAUCAAUAAAUAUUUAUUUUAUGUAAUUUACUAAACAGAUAUGAUUUCAGUGGAAAAGCUGACCAUUAGUGAAUUUAUGCCCACCUAUGUGGUACUGAAACACAGCAAGAGCUCUUUUGUAAUUAGGAUUUUGAUGUGACAAUAUUAUUUAGUUACAAAAUUUCAAGGUUGUGAUUUGCAGGAAGGUCUCAUUCCUCCAAACGGAGAGUCUAGCAUUCAUUUUCUAUAGCAGACACGGGCAGCUAGGGGGUCUCAGCUUUGAUAGCAUUUAAUUUAGAGUAUUAAUUGAAACUCAAUGACGUUGCUCAAAGAAUAUAUCAUCAUGUCGAGCUGAUAUAAAUUAUGUGGGUCAGAUAACAUCUUCCUGAUGAUUUAAGAACUAAUUGAUUACAAAAUGUCUAUGAUAUGAUUUUAACACAUUCAGAAAAACACAAAAAAGAAAGCAAAUGACUAAUUAGGGUAUAUUUAUAAUUGCAUCUAGAUCAUUUUUGCCCUAAUAUUUUCAUAAAGUACUUGAGUGUAAUGUUUGUUAUCUCCAACAGAACUAAAUGUUCUAUGGUUAUGAAAAUAUAUUUAUUUAAAACAUUGCUUUUAUUUUGAAAAGCUUCUUAAUUAAUUUGAUUAACAAAUAUGCUAAUUUGGGGGAACCUAGGGAAGAUAAUUGUUGAAAUUUUGCAAAUAUAAACAUCUUCUUUAGCUACCGUGUUGUUAUUUCUGACUUCCUAACACUACUAUGUUCAUGUUGCACAUUACUGAAAGAGUAAAGAUAUGAAACAACA